AUGAUAAACGUCCAGACGACGUCGCCCGUCGACCUCGUCGGCUCGAUCGAUGAGAUCGUCAUCGCCUCGCUGCAAACGGUGGUCCUCACCCUGUCGGUGGUGGGGCUCGGGGCCCUGUUCAUCGCCACCUACGGAUCGGGGUCCACCCUGCGCGGGCACCUGGCCCGGAAGAAUGUCUACACCGUGCUCAACAGCCUGGCCUUCAAGGUCCUGACGCCGGCGCUGAUUUUGACCCGAGUCACGGUGGCCAUCACCGGGGCCCGGCAGGCCGUCAAGCUGUGGCCGGUGCUGCUGACCUCGGUGGCGUACGCCCUGUUCGGGGUGUACCUCGGGUUUUGGGUGGUGCUGCUGUCGCGCGCGUGGGCCUACUUCACCGGCUGGCAUGGUCGGGCCUCGGCCGGGGCCGACCAGUCGGAAGAGGCCACGCCGGUCCUCGGGCCGAGGCUCGGGGCUCGGGGCGCCGGCCCGGAGGAGGGCCCCAGCCCCGGGGACCCCUCCGCCGGCAGUGCCUUCCGCCGGGCCGUGCAGGGGAUCUUCACCCCGACCGGCAAGUUCCUCCUGUCCCCGGCCGAGGGUCUGCUCAUCCUGGCCUGCACAUUCAAGAACAACACCUCGCUGAUUCUGCCCCUGGCCUCGGCCCUCUGCAUGCAGACCGACCUGUGCCUGGUGCCGCCGGGCCCCGGCGGCAUGGACACGCGGCUCAAGGCCACCGCCCGGGCGGCCGCCUACACCAUGCUCUUCAUGGCCGCCACGCAGAUCAUCAAAUGGUCCUUCGGCAUUCUGCUGGCCGGCCGCACGCGCCGUGUCAGCGACCGCCCGGCCUACGGGCGGCCGCCCAAGGAGGACCUCGAACUUGGGUACCUGCCUUCCUCCGCUGGCAAAACGCAGGGCGCUGACUCGCCCAUCCGCACUGGGGUCUACCCGUACUGGACGCCAGAGCAUUCGCCGGUGGGCUCGCAGCCCAGCUUCCCGGCCUCGCCGCGCUCCAUCGACAGGGCCUCGGUCCACUCGGCCGGCGCGCCGCAUGACGGUGGCACCCCCUGCGGCAUGCAGGUUGACAAGUGGAAAACCCUUCGCGGUCUCCUUUCGCCGCCCACGCUGGCCGGCAUUGCGGCCAUCAUCAUCGGCCUGAUCACCCCGCUGCGGCGCAUGUUCUUCGGUGCCAACCCGCCACUCGGGCCGUGGAUCACCGAGGCCGUGGACUCGGUGGCCGACUGCGCCAUUCCCAUCAGCCUGCUGGCGUUGGGGACCAUGAUCGGCCGUGGGAACAAGCCCGCGCGCGCCGGGCCGCCCCGGGCCCCGCCCCUUCUGCCGGCCAACGGCGGCCACCGGAAUGUCCUCACCUGGGGCAACAUUUCCCUGGUGGUCUUCAUGAACCAGUUCAUCAUGCCCAUCGUGGCGUCGCUCUGGCUGGCCAUGCUCCUGACCAUGCACCGGUGGGUGAACCACCACCAUCCCCACCAGGACGCCCUGUCGGCCGGGGAUGGGCCCUUCGCCGGCAUUGCGCCCCAGUGGUGGCAGGAGGAUCCCACCGGCGGGGGCGGCUGCGACAUCGCACACGAUCCCCUGGCCGGGGAGGACCCCCUGCGUGGGAUCAUCCCGCUGGAGGACCCGGCCCUCUGCUUGGUCCUGCUGCUGCAGGCCGCGGUUCCCAUGGCCACCAGCAUCAUCAGCGUCAUUCAGUUCGGCGCGCCGACCGUCACCCGGGCGCCGGGGAGCACUACCGCCGGUGCGGCCGGUGCCCCCGCCGCCACGGGCGGCCCUGCGGUCGCCCCCGCCGCCGCCCCCACCGCCGCCGCCGCCGCCGCCGCCGCUCCCACGACCACCGCCCCGAACGCGCCUGCGGCACUCCACCGCCGAGCGGCUGCCCUGGUGGCCGCCGAGGCCGCUGCCGGGGUCGACGACAGCCCCUCCGUGGCGGCCGAGGAGGAAGCCGCUGCCGCCGCCCUGGACAAGGAGGAGGUCACCUCGGUGCUUACCUCGGCCGAGGAGAUCGGCUACGUGCGCAUGGUCCUCGCGUCGUACGGAUCGACGGUUGUCACGCUGCCCCUGGCCACCGUGUGCUUUGCACUCUACCUGGCCAAGGUGAUGUGAGGG